GGUAUAGUCGGGUGCCCUGCUUAAUUUUCAUAACUUAUUACAUGUGGUUGAUGACGUCUGGUGACUAGACGCCAAGUUUCACAAUGGCGGCGCCCAGGAGAAUUUUCACACUUUGCAAGUUGCCUUCAAAACCAGUCCUGAAUUCAUGUCUACGCAGGUGGCUCAAUAUAAGCAGAUGCUAUGGACAAGAGGCAGCGGCUGUCCAAAAACCACAGACGGAAAUUCAGAUUCCCAAAAAGAAGAAAAGAGAUCCAACGAGCGUACUUCAAGCUUUGAGCAAUACAGUCAAAAAAGAUCCUUCAGCAUCGCCGUACAUGUUCCACGACGAUCCCUUUUUGCUACCCAGAAAUGGUGGCGAGCGGAGACGAUAUGCACUAGCAACGGAAUCAGGCAAACAGGCUGCUCAGUACGUCAUCAAGAAAUGGCCGGAGCACUUCCUGGCCAUACAGAGGGAUGCUCCUAAAGUUGAGGCAUUCUACCCUCCUCAGCAGCAAUAUCUGUUUGAUGAGCCCAGUGAGGAAGCCGUCUUGGAAAGGGUGGAGAACGCCGAUAUGAAAGAGGCUCUUGACAUGUUCUACAAACUCCUAGAAACAGGGUCUUUGGUCUCCAUGGCAACGAGCAAUGCAUUGUUGGACCUGCUGUGUUACCAUGGCUACAGUCCCGACACUGCAGCUGAAGCACAGGAGACAACAGGGGAAGAAAAAGAACAAGAAAACUCAGAUUCUGUGGAAGUAACCGAGCAAUCAGAGGCUGAGAACAGAGGUCGGAGGUCAAGGAGAAAAAAGACCGGCAGUGAAGCCAGAUGGAAAGAAAACAAUGAUAUUGAGAAGUUGUUCGAUGCAUUACCGGAGAGAAAUGCUCACAGUUACUGCUCCAUGGUUCGAGGCAUGAUUAAGCACGGGGCAGCCACCAAAGCCUUCAUCCUGUACAAUGAGAUGCAAGAAAAAGGAAUUCAGGCCGACGUGCGUACCUACAACGCCCUCAUCCAGGGUGCUGUCUUCAUCAGGGAGGAUUAUGCAGAACGGUGGAAGGUUAUAUAUCAACUGAUGAAUCAGAUGCAGCUGGAGGGCGUGUGGCCCAACCUCCACAGCUUCAACACCAUGCUGGAUGCGCUGAGGAUCAUGGGUAUCGUCGGACGCAAGAAGGCCCUGCAGACCGUCGCUGAGAUGAAAGCCGUCGGCAUAGAGCCAAGUUUAGGCACCUACAAUCUUCUUCUGAUGAUCUUCUACAAAGAUUCUCUUCCUCCUAGCGACGUUCUGUACGACAUCAUGGACACCGUAGAAGGCAUGAGCUUUUCGUUACGACACGAGCAAGACAUUUACUUCUUCAAGAAUGCAAUGAAUAUUUGUUUAUCCUUGAAAGACAUUGAGCUUGCCUACAGGGUGGAUCUGCUGCUCAACACAGCUGAGAAUUACAAACUCGCUGGUGACUACUUCGGCCAGAACAUCUACUAUGGUAAAUUCUUCCAUCUAAUCUGUCUCAUGGACAGCGUGGACGCCAUGAUGGAAUAUUAUGAGAAGCUGGUACCCUCGGCAUUGAUUCCUAGUGUCCAGGUAUUCAUCGACAUGCUGAGGUCCAUGGAUACGGCCGGCGUUUACGACAAAGUCGACAUCAUUUGGAGAGAUGUUUGUCACUUUAGUCAUCUUUACCAGCAACAACUUCUUGAAACCCUGCUGUCUGUGAUGUCUCAAGCAACGGAUAUAGAUGACAAGCUAACCUCGGAGUUCUUCGAUAUCGCCAUGGAAAUCAAGUCCGUCGUAGCGAAGUCAAAAUCAAGGCGGGAUCCCGUUAACUGGAGGGCAAGCAGCCUAACACAUCUAGCUCUGAUUUGCCUGAAGGCCAAACAUCUUGAUAAAGCAUGGGAUGUUCUGGAGCUUUUCAAGAAAGAAAACAAAGUGCCGAGCAAUGUUCUAUUAGAGGAGUAUCUUGAGGCCUGCAUCACUGCCACAGACAAACAGAGAGCAAUUAGUUGUUUACAGCUUGUUUCAAAUGUUAGCCCAACCUUAGUACCCCAGUUCAUCGACAGGGUCAAAGGUCACAUGACCCUUACUUCGCAGGAAAGAAAGAAGAUUGACGCCAUUUUGACAGAGGAGGAUUCGGAUGCAAGAGGGACGCAGUGAUUUUCUUGUACUUGUUCACAGCUGCACCGUGAUUACCAGCAGACCAUCCCACCAAUGCAGUGUUGCACCCAAUUUUAUACUAUCUCUGUAUUCUUGAUGAAAACCAGUGGAGAUUUUCCUGUGGUGUUUAAUGGCUAAAAGUGGUUUGAAAAAAAUGCAAAAAAAAGAGAACUUCGACAAGUUGAAUGGCCCUGUUGUACUGCCUGGCUGGUCAAAUGCGUCGAUAUGACACAUUUACCUGUACAGACCGAGCGUUAAAACUAGGUUCAUUGGUGUUAGUGGCUAAGACAAUUUGCCUGUCGAUGGACCAGAAGAAAUUUAUUUGCAACACAAUGCAGUGGUGCAGCUUGUGCAAAAAAAAAAUGUUUGAUCUGAUGUCCUUUAGCAAGGUAUUUUACUCCAAUUUGCCAUUGAGGGAAUGGCCACCAUUAGUGAGGGUAGGUGUCACUUGUCAUGUGAAAUUGUCGACACCAAGAGCAAGCGGUGCUUAGACUAUUGCAGCAAGUGAUAAGCAUUGUAAGACGGAAUUAUUUGUUCAGUUACCCUGUACAUCAAUAUUAUUGGCACUAUAGACCUUUUGCAAAGAGCGCCCUCAUUGGGAAAUAGUUUAUUUAAUUUAAAUUCAGCGACAAUGGAUGUACAAAGCAAUGAAAGUACAAAGACCAAUCCUCAAUGUUUAUGGUUUAUAACUCUUUGCAAGGGGUCGAUGUAAAGUGGUCAGAUAUUGUUUCUUUGAGAGAUUGAAGGCAAGUCAUAGUCAGUUUAGUUAUUUUUAUUCACAAUGUCCAUUUGCCCCCUUUUCGCCCAUUUAAAAAAUAUUCACAGGUAUUACAUUCUAACAAAUACCUGUAUACAAUGUUAUACAAAUUCCUCAGGUGUAAACAUGCUCCUCAUGCCAAAAAUGCCGUAUUUUUUAUUCUCGAGCGUUUGAACCAUCAACAACUUUAACUAUUCACAAUUGGCCAAAAAGAUGUAAAAUAACAACUGUCACAAAAAUCAAGUAGACAUUAAAAUGUAUUACUUUAACCUA